GUUCGUAAAACCUUACGAAAAACAGGGCGGAAAAUGCGCCAGUCAAACGACUUCGAUUCAACGAAACCGUAGUGAACGCGCCGGACGACAGUGAGCGUGGCCAAUAUAGUGAUGAAGGAGUACACUGAAGUGACAAUGCCCAACUACUCCUACAUGUUCAACUUCGAGUCGGACUUUAAGCACCAAAGCACCCGAACCUGGAUGCAGGACAACUGGACGCUAGGAUUUUACUAUGUGGGGAUAUACAUGGUGCUCAUUUUUGGAGGACAGUAUUUGAUGCAAAAUCGACCUAAAUUUGAGCUACGCGGCAUUCUGGUCCUUUGGAACACUCUACUGGCGACGUUUUCUCUUAUGGGUGCUUGUAGAACAGUUCCUGAAUUCAUACACACUCUAACUCAUCAUGGGCUCUAUCAUUCUGUGUGUGUUCCUUCAUUUAUUGAGCAAGAUAAAGUCUCAGGAUUUUGGACAUGGAUGUUUGUUCUGAGCAAGCUUCCUGAACUGGGUGAUACUAUAUUUAUAGUUUUAAGGAAGCAACCUCUUAUUUUCCUACAUUGGUAUCACCAUAUUACAGUACUGCUCUAUUCCUGGUUUAGCUAUACAGAAUAUACUGCCAGUGCAAGAUGGUUCAUUGUAAUGAACUAUUGUGUCCACUCUGUGAUGUACUCCUACUACGCUUUAAGGGCUAUGAGGUAUAAUCCGCCCAGGCAAAUAGCGAUGCUGAUCACCUCCCUGCAACUCCUCCAGAUGAUCAUCGGAUGUGCGGUGAACUUCUGGGCGCGCCACCUGCUCCAGACCAACAGAGAAUGUCACAUCACGCCCUUCAAUAUCAAGCUCUCCAUAGCGAUGUACUUCAGUUAUUUUGUGCUCUUCGCCAGAUUCUUCUACAAGGCUUACAUGGCUGGUGACAGGAAACAGAAGAGGAAACAACCGGUGACGGCGGACUAUCCCUUGCUGAAGUCUAAAGUGCAGUAGGCGAUGUUUUUAUCUGUGAUCUACAGAUUGUUGUUGAUAGAGUCGUACUAGGGCCCAAGUUAAGCGUUUGUGGGGUUGACAAUACAUAAUUUUCGUAGCAGAAAAAAUAAAAAACCAGCGCUAAAAUUUGCCAUAUCAUCUACCUAGAGAAACAAUGCAAGUGGGGUCACGCACAAACCGGUAAGUGUGUCGGUGUCGUCUAACAAACUGACAGAUCCUUCGCUUUAGGCCCGUAUCGUCAGUCGACCCUACUAUUGUAGGGCGCGUUUAUGGCCUCCUUGAUUGUCAUACUGCUUUCUCUCCUUCAAAAAUUUCUAGAUUACACUUGUCCCGUGUCAGCGUCAGCGCUCUCCUACUGUGAAGCUUUGUUUUCCUUUUAAAUUGUAGGAAAUUUCAGGCUGAUAUAACAUGAUAUAACUCAAAACCAAGCACAAUUUGAUGCAAAUUGAUGUUUGUGACAUAACCUCAAAAUAGAGCGCUGACACGGAGAAGUAGAAAACUAUGACAAUCAAGGAGGCCAUAAAGGCGCCCUACAAUUGUAGGGACGACUGACGAUAUGGGCCUAAGUUAACUCUUAACUGGUAUUGUGAUUUUUACUUACGUAACUGGUAUCGUCAGGUCAAUUCUGAUCCGAUACUUUUUAAAAAAUCUGUGACUACCAAUUUCGGAAAUGCCAUUACUGAUCAGUUUUUUGCCAUGUAUACAACAGGUGUUUACACAUAAAACACUCUUACAUGAAAACUAUUUAUUGUCCAAAAACAAAUAAAAAUACUGCAUCUGAAAAUGAGUAACGCAAUAUAAUUUACGAAAUUUGAACUGAAACAUGAACAAAAAAUUAACAUAAUGGGCCAUUAAACAACAUAUUUGGUCUUCAUAUUUUACAACAAAAAAACAAAUACUUGCUCUUAUAAGAUAUAAUUAAACUGACGUUUGAGGUAUAUGCCCAUAUGUAUACUGUAUGAGAAGUCACGGAACCUCCGCUACAUAACUGCGAAAGCCCCGAAUCUGUGACGAAUUAAAGAUACGCCGGGCCAUUUUUGACCCGACGAUACCAGUAAAGGGUUAAUGACGAUUGAACCAUUCAGAUACCGAUUGCCCCACAGUAUUGUCACAUGAGACACCUUGAAAGCUCUUUUGAGAAUUGCAGCAUGUUCAGACUUAAAAAUACUCCAUUAGCUUAUCGCUAGGCUUCAAAUAAAAAAAUGCGAUAAUUGAAUGAGUAUACAGACUGUAACAAAAGUUUAGAACGCCUAAAAUAUCUGACGAAUGACUCCUCUAUUUUUUUUUAAUUGGUAGAUUCGAAACCACGGCGUAUCCGUUGAUGAUAUCCACGAUUUUGCCAAAUCUACAGUUUUUCAGAAACUGAUAACAACUUUUGUUUUCAUAAAAUGCUAUGCAUUUUAUCCGAUAUUUGCACCGUUUGUGAAUACUUUUUAUUAAACAUACUUUGACGUAGACGUUUCGAAAUAUCAAUAAAAGGUACUUUUUUCACCUAAGCAAUGAUCGGUAUAGAAAAUAAUUUCCGGUCAUUUCUCACAUUGGAAAGUCCAUUGAGUAUUGUUAGUAGAGUCAAUAAAAUUUAUUUAACUAAAACCAAGAGGAUAAAAAUUCUAAUAUUGAUUAAAAUAGUGUAUUUGAUAUUCCAAGGAAACAAGAGAAAAAUUAAAAACCAAGAAAACGAUAAAACCUAGUUAAUUUAAACUCCAAAACAAGACAAAAAUCAUAUUAAAUGUUUAAAUUGCUGCCCAUAAGUUUGGCAAUGAGCUAGUUAUUGCAUCCAUUUUCUAUUCAUUGAUUUAGUGGCUCCAAAUCAAAUGAUUUGCUUUUGUAUACUACAUUUUUAAGUGUCCCCACAAGAAAUAAUCGAGGUGUGUGAGGUCAGGAGACCGAGGUGGCCAUUCAAUCUUCUACCUAUCCAUCUUCCAAAAAAUGUUUGAUGUAGCGUCAUGCGAAGGUGCACCAUGUUGUUGAAGCCAUAUUCUAUCGUUGGGCACUGUAUUAUUUACUAACAGAAAACAAUAUUGAUGUAUUUGAUUGUUUGUGGUAAUAAAAGUUACCAGGAUUGGGAAAUAUUUCCACCAAAGAUGCAACCAUCUUUCAGCGUUUAAAUUUUCUUCCGUGAAAAAACGGCCCGAUUAUCUUUUGACCUAUAAUACCGGUCCAAACAUUUUUUUGUGUGUAUAUUGUGUAUGAUGUUCAUGUACCCAAUGAGGAUUUUCCCUGGCCCAGUAGCGGCAGUUAUGGCGAUUAAGAGUACCAUUCAAAGAAAAAGUUGACUCAUCCUAAAACAUUAUUUCCUACAAAAAAUGUUAAUUUCUAUUACACAUGCCUAUCAUGUGCGUUUCACAGGCAAGUGAGAUGCAUUGUUGUCUUCAUCAAGUGUUCUAGUAGCAAGGUGGGGGUUUUCCGCUAUGCUCACUAAAAUAUUCAAAGCCUUAUUUUCGUCAGUGACUGUUUUGGGACGGCCAGAUCGUGGAACAUGCCCUGUUAUUAAAAAUUUUCUCAAAACUUUUCCAACCUUGUUAUUGGAUUCCGGUUGGGAUAUUUGUCAUUAAAAAUAUCGCAAACUUCUUGCUGUGUGUGUCGACAAUCGCCAUAACACAGAAUCAUUAGAAUUUCUAUUCUCUCGUUUUCAGUUAAAUGAAUCAUUCUUCUAUUCUAUUAGUCAUUGUCUGUCAAGGCGGUUCGUAGGACUUUUGCCUUUGUGUCAAAGUACGUCAGUCAGUUUGUUAUUCUGUCGGCUUGGUCACCCAGAAACCAGACAUGAUUAAUAGAAAGCUGAAAGAAAAAAGAAUGAAAAAAGAGUAAGAAAUAUCUACAACUGUGUGAAAGGCGUCUGAGCAUUGUCGAAAAUUACUGUAAUAAUUUUGGAUGCCGAAAAAGAAUUUGGUUGGAUUUUUGUGAAAAUAUUAUUUUAUAUUAUACAAAAUUGCGCGAUUCAAUUUUGUCAACAGUGCGAGCCGCGGCCUGGAAUGUUUGCGAACUUGCUCCACUGUAUAGUCUACUGACUCGCGCAACAAAGGGUUGCAGUGCGAUUCUGCUUGUUCAUAACGUCACUGCGCCUGAUGUUUAAUGUAAUCCUCUAAAUGAGGGAUGUUGAGAUCUCUGUGAAGGGUUUCGUUUGAGAUAUACCAUGGGGCAUUUGCGAUGGUUCGUAGUGUCCUGUUUUGCAGGACCUGCAGAGCUGGCAUGUGCAUCUUCGCUACAAAGCACCAAGCUGCACAGGUGUAUAUGUAUAAUGGUGGGUCUGAUGAUCAUUUUGUAAAGUCGAAUUUUGUUAACCAAGCUCAAUUUUGAAGAUCUGCUUAACAAGGGAUAAAGCUGCCGGAAAGUAAUUUGAAAUUUAAUUUUAAGCGUUUCUGAUAAAUCAUUUUCAAUAAUUCUACUAACAAAACUUAAUGGACUUUUGAGUGUCAGAAAUGACAGGAAAUUACUUUCGAUACAGGUCAUUGCUUAUGUGAAAAAAUAGCUUUUAUUGUUUGAAUAUCAAUGAGUGACCUCAAAAACUAUGAGGUCUACGUCAAAGUAUGUUUAAUGAAAAGUAUUCAGAAUUUCCCGCAGAAUACAAAUAUCGAAUAAAUUUCAUACGAAGAACAAAAGUGAUCAGUUUCUGAAAAACUGUAGACUUGGCAAUAUCAUCAACGGAUCCGCCGUGGUUUCGAACCUAAACCUACCAAUUUUGGAAAAAAUUAGAUGAGUUAUUCGUCAGAUAUUCGUUGCGUUCCAAACUUUUGUUACGGUCUGUGUGUUACAUAGAGUACUUUUCGUUCCUUCAGCAAUAUUUUCAAUUAAUAAAUUUCAUAUUAGAGCCCAAGAACCAUAUUCCUUCAAUUCUCUUGAGGCAGAUAGUACGUGCGGUGUUAUUUCAGUGAUGCAGCUUUUUCAUUUUUAUACUUAAACUUAAACUUUAUCUUGUAUACAAUUUUUGAGGAAUUAAAUAUCUGCAUUUUUGAGAUAUUUGAAGUUUCCUAGCAAUUACAAAUCAAAAUUAAUUACAUGAUCCGUGGAAAGAAGGGAUUUUUAGUCGAUGGGCAGUAAUUUCAAUGAUGGCUUUUAAACUAUAUUAGACUACCUCUUUUGAAGAGGCCUUUCGAAAUAUACCGGAUCCCAAAUAGCACAACUAUAUCUUAAAGACGUUUUAAAAACGUUAUUUUAAGAUAUUAAAGACGUGAAAUUGGUUAAAAAAUAUAUUAGUCUUAAAAAAGUUUCAAUCGUGUUUUGGUAAACGAAAAAAUAUGUUCUGUUACCUACUUUAAAGUUAGAUGUUCAGGAUUGAGGUUUCUUAUAUGUAUAUAUAUAUAUAUAUAUAUUUAUUUCAAACUUUUUAAGAAGCUGAAUUCCAGAAAUGUUAUACACAGUUUCUAAAAGUCAUAAGAAAACGUCUUGAAGAUGUUUAUUUUAUGUCGUGUCAGGGUAUUCUUAAAAACGUCGCACCAAGGGCAUCUUAAAGGCGUCUUUUCAAUAUCUCAGAUGUUCAGACAUUAUUAGUGCAUAAAACGGUCGUGUUUAAGACGUUCUGUGCUAUCUGGGAUGCUCCAUUUAAAAAGUGCAUAUUUGUGUUGCCAAAUAGUUAUGAAUCUAUAUGUUAAGCGGCAUAUUUUCCAAGUAAGGAGCAUAUAGAUGCCUAUAAGUUUUAUAGAUAAAUUUAUUAGAUAUCUUUUAUAAUAACAAACCUAUUGACCAACCACACACUAAAAACUCACCCUCUGUAUCGUCAACUGAUGUUUUAAGACAAUAUUUUGUUGAUUUCCAACACGUCAUGUAUUUUUUGACUUGAUUGGAUUUUAAACAAAGAUACUUAUUGUUUGAGUACUAUUGUGUCCAAUUUGGUACUGAUACAGCAAAUUAUGUCUUGUCAAUUUUAUAUAUGAUAAACGUUUAAGGGUACAUGGUAUUAGAGACAAGAGCUUCGUAUAUACUGAAAUGUUGUUGGAGAAAUCUUCUAUUUAGGGUGAUUCCAGGUUAGCCUGAGUUGGACUCCAACAUUUUUCUAAGUAAAAUCAUUGACAAGGGUUCUUGAAUGAUUGCAAGUUUACAACAAAAAUUCAGGAUCUCAGUCUCUAAGAACAUUAGUUUGACUUAUGCCAAUAUAAGGUGUCUUAAGCGUGAUUCUUAUUUUAACCAACUUUUAAUUUCCUUGAUUUUAUUUUCAUCAACAGACAGUAGAAACUAAUGUGUGAAUUUGUUUUACCGAUUACCUUUUGAGAUUUUUUGAAGUUAGUAAGAUAAUUGGCAAGUUGUUAAAUGUUGAACAUAGAAGCUUAUCGCAUAAUUUAAACUAAAGAAGUAAGCUCCUUUUUGAGAAUGAAAGUUUUAUAAGAAUAUUUUUCUUUAUGUUGGUCUUCAAAAGGUUCAUACCUGCGAUAACAAUUUUUUACAAGAUAUCAUUGAUCUACAUAUAAGUAAUUAAGCUUAGAAAUACCCAUUCCAUUACCAUCGUCAAAGCCGUUUAGAAGAAAAUAUCUUGCCACAUAUGUUGAUAGGGCUAAACUACUAUAGGAAAAACCUCUAAAUUAAUGGUAUAAGCACCUUCGAUUGGUAUAUUCAUAAAUGAAUAAGGCUAAGUACAAGUUUAUUAACUGAAUAAAAAAAUAUUAUAAUAAAACAAUUACUUUUUAUUUGUAGGAGAUUGAUAUAUUUGGGUGGUACAUAUUUUUUUAUAUUUAUUCAGCCUGGAGAUAUUGCAGCAUAAUGUAACCUUCCGGCAAAAGAAAUGCCACAUAGGUUUCUUAUUUUUCAUGUCGCAUUUUAACCAUAUAACAUGAUUUAUCUCACGGAUUUUUCCUUGUUAACCAUAUUUUGCAUGCAUUUAUCAUUUCAAAAUAAUGUUUUCCAAAGUUCAGGACAG